CUGACUUGGUGAAUGAAGUUCUUGUUCUAAUAUUCGAUACUUUUCUUAUUAGAUUUUUUACCAUGAUAAUGAAAAUUAUCAUAGUGACAUUAUUAUCUUUACUAAGUUAUGCAUAUGCAGCCAAAUUACUAGGAAUAUUUCCACAUUCGGCCAACAGUCACUAUACUUUAGGCGAAAAAUUAAUGAAGGGAUUCGCCAAAGCCGGCCACGAUGUAACCAUAAUUACACCGUAUCCAACUAAAAAUAAACCAAAAAAUGUUGUCUGGAAGGAUGUGUUUAUAGAAGGAUUGGAACAACAGCAUAGAGAAAUCUUCAAAAAAACCAAUUUGUUUGAGGACAGCAAAAGACCAAGCUGGAAAAGGAUGAUAAGCUAUCAACAAAUUAUGAUCCAUUGGGUGAAUGUCACCUUAUACCAUCCUGAAGUAAGGGCUUUAAUGAACUCGACAAAUAUUAAAUUUGAUGCGGUAAUUAUGGAGCAAUUUUUCAAUGAUGCCCACAAGUAUUUCGCGCAUCAUUUUCAUUGCCCGUUAAUUCUAUUGUCGAGCCUAGGCCCAAUGCCAUGGAUAAGUAAUAUAGUUGGUAAUCCGAGCCCUCCCUCCUACAUAGGACAUUUUUUCAAAAAUGGCGAUUUUUCCCAUGAAAAUUUUUUCAGUAGAUUUUGGAACCUUUUCGAUUACAUUAGCGACGAUUUGGUUGACAGAUUUUAUUUCAAACCAUUACAAAACCAAAUACUGCAGAAGGCUUUUCCUGGGGCACCUUCUAUAAAAGAAAUUGAAAAACUUACUGCUUUUGUGUUCCUCAAUUCACAUCCAAGUCUUAUAGAAGCAGUACCGUUAGUACCAAAUGUAGUAGAAAUUGGAGGGUAUCAUAUAGACCCACCUGAACAACUUCCCAAAGAUAUACAAGAAUUUUUAGAUAAUGCUCAGGAUGGAGUAGUAUAUUUUAGCAUGGGAAGUAAUCUUAAAUCAAGGGAUAUGUCUAUGGAAAGAAGGCAAAUGUUUGCUAAUGUUUUUGGUAAAUUGAAAGAAAAGGUUUUAUGGAAAUUUGAGGACGAACAUGUAGCUGGAAUGCCUGAUAAUGUUUUAACUAAAAGCUGGUUGCCACAAAAAGACAUUUUAGCUCAUCCUAACGUCAAACUGUUUAUCACACACUCAGGAUUUCUCAGCACCAUCGAGGCAGUUUACAACGGAGUUCCAGUCCUCGCAAUUCCAGUAUUCGCCGACCAAUUCACCAAUGCCAAAAACGCCGUACGUGGAGGCUAUGGUUUGAAGCUGCAUUUCAACGAUGAAAAUUUUACAGAAACUCUUUCUGCCCUAUUAGAGGAACUAUUAGACAAUCCAAAAUACAAAAAGAAUGCUGAAAGAAAUUCGCAAAUUUUUCACAACAGGCCUCUGAAACCAAUGGAAAAUGCUGUUUAUUGGUUGGAGUUUGUUUUAAGGACUAAUGGAGCCCAACAUUUGAAAGUUGCCGGAGCUCAAUUGCCGCUGUAUAAAUAUUUAUUGUUAGAUGUAUUAGGGUGUAUAUUGGCUGCGACAGUGAUUGUUAUAUGUCUUAUGAGGGCGGCAUUUAAGAAAAUAUUUUUGUUUUGUAAUGGUAGUAAAAAGGAGAAAGUGAACUGAAU